CUCCACACAAUAUCGUCACAUUGUAUAACCUGGUGGCUCCGAUCAACUUCCGGCAAGCCCCUUGCUUUUUCAGUGCUAAAGUGGAUUAGAAGUGGUUAGAGUUUCAUCAAAUAAUUAAGGGUUCUUGCACAUUCACUCUUCAAAAGUUUGAUAUGGGGAACAUGAAAGUGUUUCUGUCAAUUUUGAUCGUUGGAAUGCUGUUUCUGUCUUGCUUGGGGAGAUCAAAGUCAGAUUCGGAUGAAAGUCCAUCGUCGACAUUACAAUAUAAUGUCCUAGACUUUGGUGCAGCUGGAGAUGGUUCGCAUGAUGAUACAAACGCUUUCAUGAAAGCGUGGAAAGCAACAUGCAAAAUGGCAUCACGUAUUCCCCCAACUAUGGUGAUUCCUUCAGGAAAAAAGUUCUUAAUCCAACCAGUGGAGUUCAAAGGUCCAUGCAAUUCUCCCCAAAUUAAUGUUCAGAUAAGUGGAGAAAUUGUUGCACCCAAAAAACCUUCUGACUGGAAGUGCAAAGGAGAUUGUCAUGUUUGGAUGCUCUUCAAAGACUUAACAGGACUGAAUUUGUAUGGUGAUGGCAGUAUUCAUGGUCAAGGACAAAAGUGGUGGGAAAAGAAGGGUAAAAAAAAGCCAGCUGCUAUGCAGAUUGAAGACUCGAAGAAUGUGAAUGUUGCAAAUCUGAAUUUUAAGGAUAAUCCCAGAAUGCAUUUUAUCCUUAAACAGUUGCAAUCUGUUUAUGUCAACAAUGUAACCAUUGUUGCACCUGAAAAGAGUCCAAACACAGAUGGAAUUCAUGUCACUGGUUCUACUAACGUUACCAUUGAGAAUUGCAACAUUGGCACAGGCGACGAUUGUAUCUCAAUUGUGGAUGGAUCUUCAUACGUGAGAGGUUCAAAUAUUUCUUGUGGACCUGGACAUGGUGUUAGCAUUGGGAGUUUGGGCAAAAACGGUGCAGAUGACAGAGUUGAACACGUUGAGAUGAGAGAUAUUGUAUUCACUAAUACUCAAAAUGGUGCAAGAAUCAAGACAUGGCAGGGUGGAAGAGGUUACGCAAAACAUAUCAAAUUUGAGAGAGUACAGAGUAAUGGUGCCAAAAACCCUAUCAUCAUCGAUCAAUUCUAUUGUGAUCAUACAAAGUGUACAGACCACGAAUCGGCUGUACAAAUUGAAGAUGUGACGUUCAGAAAGUUUACCGGCACGUCCAAAAAGUCAGUGGCGGUGAAAUUUUCUUGCAGUAAAACAGUUCCAUGCCGAAAUAUAAUUGCAGAGGAUAUUUAUCUCGUGUCAACAGAUGGAAAAGAAAAUACAAGUUCGAUUUGUGAGAACGUCAAAGGAACAAUAUACGGACGUCAAGUUCCAAAGGUCUCCUGUUUGAUGCAGUCUGAUGACUCUGAUCAUCACAAUUAGUUAAAGCUUAGCUAUAAUAGUGGUAAAUGAUGUACUUUUUAUUCUUUUUAGACAAAG